GCACAUCCGAUGAUCUCAGCGAGCCUCUCCGGCGAGGCUCUGGCCCACCUCGGGCAGCUCUGGCAGCAGAGCCACCCGCCGCCGGCACCCGCCGGCAUGACGCCGGAAUUCCUUGCGCCGCCGCCGCGGCCGUACGCGCGGUAUCCACCGCGGCGGCGCGACGCCAUGCCAGCGCCGCCGGCUCCGGCACCGUUCCCGUCUUACACGCCGUUUCUGCCGCACGCGUUCCCGCCGUAUCUGUACCGGACGAGGGUGCCGCCGCAGCCGCCGCCGUCGAGCUAUCCCAUGAGGCCGCGGCCGUCGUCAGGGUUUGUGCCGCCGGCGCCCGCGCCUCAUUCGCCGCCGACGGCGCCUGCGCCUGUCCCGCCCCCGAGAGAGGAACCGCCCAUGUCUCCCGAGCGAGGAGCGCCCGCGCCAUACUUCUGCCGCGGCGCGCUCAUCCGCUUAGAAGACGGCUCCCUUCGGCGGGUUGAGGAGAUGCGCACAGAAGACUUCGUCAUGAGCGCGGACCGCAGCGGAGACCUGGCUCUCACGCAGUGCACCCUGCUACGGAUAGAGGAGAGGGGAGAGAAGCUCUCUCUCACUCUCGCGUACGACAGAAAUCGCUCGCAGGUGGAGCUGGAGUCCACGAUGGAUCACCCGUUCUUUGUGUAUGGACGGGGAUGGGCAGCGUAUAUGCCUGAGCGCACGCACGCGCGAUACGGGCUCAGCGUGCAAAGGCUGCAAGUGGGCGACGUUUGCGUGUCGCUGGUGGCUCGCAAGCACGCGGCCCACGCGCCCCACGCCGCGCCCGCGGGGCCCACGGGGGCCAUGAUGACCCCCGCGCCCCCGCAGACCCACCCCGAGAACCUCAGCGUCAAGGAAGACGCCCGCAAGCGGCGGUGGUCCGCCUCCGAUGUCUGCGAGGACGACCGCCCUCCCCCAAAGAAACGCUGAACCGCUGCACGCAUCUUCCGCGUAACAUUUGGACUUUCAAAGUGUUGUGAUCGCCUUCGUUGCAAAGACUCUCGUUUCAGACUGUUAUUUUUAAUCUUGUGAAACGCGAUAAGCCGUUUACCAGUACGUAAGCUUCCGAAGCCGAGCUCGUCCAGCGACCUGUCGCUAGUUUCCGCCAUCCCAGUGAGAACGCGAUGUGUGUUUGUUUGUAAGUUGAGCACUUCUGCAGCGAUCGGCAGUCUACAAUCGUACGCUUAUGAUAUUCUAUUCGGGAACUCUAGGUGCUUAUUACUGUCGGGUGCUUCUGUACGCGUUCGUGUACGAUGUUUUGUAAAUAUGUAUGUAACUUAGGUCAAAGUUAACGUUACACUCCAUGACUAAAUUGAUGUGUCACAAAUGUAGCGUUAGUGCGCCUUGGACUGCGCAGCGCCGCGACAAGACGCUGCCCGGUCCGACUGCGUUUAGUCGUUUAAUGACACAAAUCGUUAUGUACUUGGGAGAACUUGAAGAAAUGCUGAAAAACGUACCUUAAGCUCCACCAUUGAUAGUUUGUUAUAAAUGGAGUUGUUUUCGAUCGAGCACAAAAAUAUGAGUAAGUUUCUAUCAGAUCUUAAAGUAGGUUAGAUAAUGUGAUAACCAAUGAGAUUCAAAAUCGCCAGAAACACGCGGUAAUGCAUUAGACAAAAGUAAAGGUACAAUGAAUGUUAGGUAGUAGGUAGUUGUAAUGGGCUGACGUGCGCUUAAGUCUUGACUGAUUCCCGUUGUUCCCGGAUCUAGCCCCGCAGUCGGUCGAUCAUGGUUGUGACUGCUACAUAUCCGCGGCCGAGCACUCGGGCACCGGUGCGAAGUCUUUCCCUCAUAGAUGUAGAUACAAGAGACUACUUCGCUGUGUAAUAGUGGCAAACUCUUCUGACAAAUAAUUCGAUCGUGUAUAAUAAAUGUUGAUAUAUAUUGUAAAGUAUAAUAUAUUGUAUAAUCAUCACGAUUAUUAGAUGUCAUCUCUUGAUUUUUGACGUCCAUGUGUGAUGCACACAUAUAACUUUUGUAUGAGAAGAUGUAUACAUAAUAAACACACAGUCUGUGAUAUUUUGUAGUUAUUGGACAGAGUAGGUAUGAAGUAUUGCUUGAAUAAAGGAAAUACAAAUAUAUGUUUUAGAGUAAGUGCGUUAUUGGUAAGAAACUGUUGUUGUAUACUCAAAAAAUUAUUCGCUGAAAUUUUAAAGAACCUGAAGACAAACAAGUAGCGUCUGUGAUUUUAUACAUAUAAUCGUUAUGUAACGACAAAUGCAUGGCCAUAUCAAAAUCAAAUUGAUUUUUGUAUAUUAUCAUUAAGUGAAUAUGAUUGUAAUUGUAAAGAUUUGUUCUACGUCCUGGAAUUUAAUGGAAAUUUAUUUCGCAUAAUAUUAGUAGUGGACCUCGGACAGUUAUGUUUUAGGCGUUUAAAAGUCAGGUAUCGCCGCGGAAUUGACUUGUCCGAGGGCCGCUGGAGAUUAAGCGAAAGGGCGCUAGCUGCGCCCGCGCAUACUUGCCAAGUCGCGGAGAGAGCCCAAGCCGAUGGAAUGGUUCGUAGCUUUGCCGAGUUAGUUUCAUUGUACCGUGAAUUGUUACGUGCUUAUUAAUCGUAUGUUAUAUUAACCGACCACCACAGAGCGAACACCUCGUCAACGGCGGAUGGUGUUGUACAAAAGUUAAUAAUUUGUUGUAUAAUGUAUGUAAUUCUAGUUUUAUCGUCUUAUAUUAUUAUUUGUAAUUGUAAUGAAAGAUCUCAUUUUAUUAAUCGGUAUUUUCUAACAAGGCGCUUCAUUAGAUCAUGACUAAGCCUACCUCACAAACGUUAAGACUAGUGUUUCGCCGCGGCGCCGCCCGGCCGCAAACGAGUCUAAACAAGAUCUCAAUUUGAUGAAAACAAACUUUUAAAAAGACUGGGACGCUUUACUGAAUGUUGUGGGAUAGUAGUUUCUUCGAAGAUAUUACUUAAAUUAUGAUAGGAGCAUUUAUUUCGUUAAGGGCGCCGCCCACGCACGCUCCGCUUCCGACGCACUGGACAAACAAUUAGUACAAAAUUCGUUACAAAAAGUAUUAUUUCCCAAAAUCCAAAUUCAGAAAGUAUUAAUUUCAAUCAAAGGUGCUAUACGUCCUUUGUUAACAUAGUUGAGGCACAAUCAUGAUUAAAGUCAUGAUGAUUUUUAUUGAGAUAAUCAACUGAGAUGUUUAUUAACCAACCAAAUUGGCCGUAUAUCAAAGUUCUUCCGCGCCUCAUACUGAUAGAUUUAGCGAGUCAAUUAUACACUUGAUGGAGUAGAUACUAACAGCUGUCACCGCCAGACGCUUAAAUAUCCUAAAAGUAAGGUGGACUGUUCAUUGGAGCGGCAUUAUAUUGAGAUACGUACUAAUGAAAGAACACUACAAUCUAAAUCUUAAAAAACCGUUGACACGUAUUGCUUGUAGACAGUGGACCUUACUAUGCGUCAUUUUCUACCAUACUCUAUAUAGAACCAACUUCGUAAAUAGUUAUUCCUUUUGUAAAUAAAUUGUUGUACACUGACCACUACUGACCAGACAAUAUAUUAUUCUGUAUGGAAUAUCUCGGGUCGAACUGUCAGAUUAUAUGUGUGAGAUUAAUAAAUGGUUCGAAUACACGAUAGUAAACCAUGCUUUCUUGUGUGAUAGUGAAUAGUAGUAUCUAAACUUCUAUAGCAUAGCAAGCAAUAAAAAUAUUAUAAUUUCUGAAGAUUAAUAUUACAUAAUAAAUAAAUAUAUCGUGUAUUUGUGCCAAUUUUUCCAAGCGCGAAUGGAUUAAUGUAGGUUAUUGUUGUUCAUAGAAUAUAUCUGUGUACUUGAAAAUUCUGCAAUUCAAAUCUGACUUCCACAAGCAUUUUGGAUCCGUACUUAAUUUAAAAAUGUUGAAAAAAAAAAGUAUGCUUAAAGAUAAUUUUAUAUCCCAUGUUUUAUGAUUAAAAUUAAUUAAUUGCACAUUUUUAGAAUCGAAUACACAGAUUAAAUUGUAUAAUAUCGAUGUUGCCAAUGUGAGAAACGGCCAGUAAUGGUUCCAUAGUCCGUAGCCUUAGUUUGCCGAGCUCUACAUCUACACUCAGGUGAAAAAAUAUGUCUAAUAUUUCCGAAAACAAAUGGAUAACAUUUUUGCAUCUGACUGUACAACACACGUCGACACAAACGAUUGUGCCAUCAGUAACCGGUAAUUAUAUACUUUCACCGAUUUCUUCAAUGGUUAAUUGAAUUCGAAUAUACUUUUGUUAAAUAAAAGAACAGAUUUUUAAUAUUACCAUGUGUACUAAACAAUCAACUCAUGUUUUCAAUUGUCUGACACUAUUUUGAACGUGUAAGAUUAACGUAGAGAACAGGUAAUGAUGUGUCAUUUAAUUCAUAGAUAAAUAAUGAUUACCUAUAUAAAUGUUAUGUAAUUAUAUGACAAAUAUGGCAAAAAAUAUAUAUGUAUAUUUUAUUGUAUAGCGGAAUGAGUACUAUUUCAGAUUAAUGUAAAUGGAAAAAUGUUAUAGACCGAGAAAAUAUGUUAAAGAUAAGUUAACUGUUUGUAAAAAGAAGAGAAAAUAUGUAUAAUUGAAUAUUUGA